AUGGCGGUGUGUUGGGGGCGGCGCGGCUGCUGUGCGCAGCUGGGCUUGCGGCCCUCUGCGGCGGCGCCGUGCCUUCUUGUCCUUGUCGUCGUCGUCCUCCCUCUUCUGCUGCUGCUGCCCCUUCCAUGUGGCGCUGCUCGGUCUGCGGCGGUUCAAAAAGAAGUCAAGGUUGUGUUUUUUCGCUUCAAUAUCCCGAGGCUUGAUGAUUUUUCCAGGAACAUCGUUGCGGGGCUAAAGGCUUCGUUGCACUCGCGGAACUUCGUUGUGGAGGACGAUGUGCGUGUGGAUGUUGUCAUGCAAAACACAACAUUCGCCACUUAUCCAGGGGAACUUUCUUCGGUGUUGAGGAA